AGGUCUAUCCACAAGAUGGCGACCUUUGACAGGUGACGAUGUCGGUUAACAGCCAGGACUAACACGUCACUUCCUUUUCCCUGUCCUUGGUUUGUUGCAGCAUCGUCGCUGUUCGGGAGAAACACAUGGCUAAACUGAGCAAAGAGACCAAACUGCGGCUGCAGCAGCUGUUCCAGUGCGGCCAGUUUGUCAUCAGAUGGGGUUUUAUCCCAACUGUGCUGUACCUCGGUUUCAAACGAGGAGCAGAUCCAGGAAUGCCUGAACCCACAGUCUUGAGGUAA